AUGACGUUUUCAAUGACGCUACCAGCUACUAAGAGCAAGCAGAAGCCACUUGCUCCACCUAAGGCUCCGACAACCAAACAGUACGGUCUCAUCCUCCCGAAGAGAGAUUCAAAGAAAAAGGAAUUCUCCAAAAGCUUUAACGUUUUCGCUGAUGUAGCAGAGAAGAGCAAUAGAGCAAAUCUGAAAGACAGCAAACAGGAUGCAAGACAUCAAGUGGGAACUGAAGCUGCUCGUAGCGUACCGCCGAGUAAGGUGGAAAAGCUACGUGCACAAGCUCUGGCCGAAGACGCGACGGUAUUUGAUUACGAUAGUGUGUACGACGAAAUGAAAAGCACACGAGACUCAGAAGCUGGAAAACGCGCAGUCAAGAGAGAAGAAGAAAAAAAGAAGCCAAAAUAUAUAAGCACAUUGCUGCAACAGGCUAAAAUUCGAGAGGUUGAAAACGAACGGAUUCGUGAACGUCGACUACUUCAUGAGCGCAAGGCUGACGAUGCACUGUACGGAGAUAAAGAAAAACUCAUCUCUGCAUCAUAUAAACGAAAAUUGCAGGAGAUGCAACGCUGGGACGCAGAAGAUGCGCGUCUUGAUGCUCUAGAGAAACGAGAAGACGUCACUAUAAAGGGCGAGAAUGCAAUGGCUGGUUUUUAUGCCAAUCUCAACAAAAACAUCGCAAUGGGAGGUUCAACCGACAAUGCGCAAAGUGCUUAUACAGCUAAGGAGGCACCAAACGAUGUGGCUACAAGAAAGAAAUCGGACCAACCAGAGAACGGACACGAUUUUAAGCGUCAUCAUGAUAUUGGAACAACAUCAACGGACAGAUUGUGCGUUGAACCUGCGACUAAGAAGACCAGGGAAAGUGAGCAGAUGAGGCAACAGGUUGAUUUGCCCCAAGAAACGUUAUUUGCACACGAGAUUUCUAACGCAAAUCUGGAUGCUUCAGCAACACAACAAGAAAGCUCGAGAAAUACGAAUCUUAACAAAGAGGAUGCGAUCGAUGCUGCUCGAGCCCGUUUCUUAGCUCGUAAAGCUCAGCGCAUGAAACCGUAG